GAGAGAGUUACAGCCGUUCAGUCAUUUUUGCCGUCGAUCCCGAUGUGCCAACCGCCUAUUAUCUAUGAUAGGAGUUUUACUCUCAUUGUAAACGAAUUCAUUCUCUUGGCGAAGAACAAGUUCUAAUAAAUAAAUAAGAACUAUCCGGGAGUGUAUAUUUUAGUGAUAAGAUGAUUCAUAUGAUUGUUGUUGCGGUGGAUUGUGGUGUUAGUUUGUAAGAUAAGAUAUCUUUCAGACUGCGAGGAUAAAGCUGUGAGAAAUAUGACAACAAUGGAACCCAACCCUCCUUACCUACCGGACAGCAAUUACACACAAGAUUUCUACCUCUACAACGAGUCCUACUACAAUGAAAGUUUCGACUACGAACACUACUUACAUGCACGGAGACAGGCUGCAAUUUUUGACACCAUGGAUUUUGAACGAAGGCGUUUCGUGUAUGUGUACCAUGCGUUCGCCGGCUGUAUUGUUCUUUUCAAUCUUCUUGUCGCCGUUGCGAUCUUAAUUAGUCGUAAGCAACGCAAGCAUUUCCACAACUGGCUUAUUCUUCACAUGACAAUACUGCACAUCCUGUAUGGGGCGAUUUCUUUACCUUUUUUAGCACAAUUGUUUACGACAACUGGUGCCGGUCUUGGAAGCAAUGCUGUGUGUAAGCUGUUAAAUUUUAUAACAGACGUUUUAAACUACAUGGCAAAUAUUUCAACGGGAAUUCUUGGCUUUUAUCAGUGCAUAACAGUCGUGUCUCCAAGACUGCUUAAGAGCGUUUCAAAUGCGCUGUUGGUGUCAAUCAUGAUUAUCCUGCCAUGGUUUGUGGUUUUCAUGUUGACAGCUGUAUUACGCCUCACAAUGUCCGAGGAGCAGUAUGGCCAGUGUUACAUUGUGUCGGACAAAACAGCCAUCAUUCUAUGGUUUCUAUUCUCAAAAGUGCUGCCAAUGACACUGAUAAGUGCAUGUUUUAUUACCAUGGUAACAAUAGCUUGCUUCAAAUAUAAUCUAAACUCCUCCACGUCACGCAACGAGAGACGUUAUGAUAUAACAGUAUUUGUGUCCAUUUGUUUAGCUUUGUGUAUUGCGAUGCGAUUGCCCUUUUACAUAGUAUUUUUUGAGCCCGUAACCUACAAGUGCAUAACGUCGUUGGGUAACUUGUUCUGCUCUCGCGUUAUCUAUGGACUUGACACCGCAAACCUUGCGAGCAUGGUUCUCAUACCACUGGCAUAUUUGAUUCCAAAGGAAGUUAUUAAGAGGUGCAGAAAAUUCAAGGCUAGACUUCUUUGCAAAACUGUUGACUGUAGCUCUAACAAAAAGAAACAGCAGACGAUGGAAAUGGUAUCCAUUCAGUCAACAGACAGAUCACUAUUGUAAACGGUGGAAGGUUUUUAUUAAUAAACACUGACCUUAAUGUUAUUAAGUUAUUGACCUAGUUUGUAAAAUAAACAAAGCACUAAUCAUAAAAUAUUAUUAUCUUAUGAAGAGCUAAAUAUAUUGGUUAUUCUGGCAGUGUAUUCUGCUCAGUAGAUAAUCGACGAUUAUUAACAGACGAUACCUUUAUAAUACUCUUCUCUUUUUCUUUGUAUGUUAUUUGAAUUAACAGAUCCAGGUCGUUUGUAGCUUUGCUGAAUACGUUUGAACAUAUCGAUCUGUUCCUUUAUGUGCACAAACUGUUUUGAGUCUAACGAUCAGUUCACACGGCGAAUAUAUCUUUUUUGUAUUAUCUAGGUAUUGUUUUGUUAAACCUAACCAUUGCCAGAAGUGUACAUUGGAUUCAGCUUAUACGACUUAAAUCGUUGGUUACGUAAGACUUGUCCAUACAUCAAAUUGUGUUUGGGUGGUUUACCUCUCCAUAGUGUAAGAUCGCAUAUCAAUUAAAUGAUAUAAAACUAAAAAAAUAUGUCUAAGACAAGUUCUAGUAGGAGAAACGAAGUCAGUUAUGUUAACGGCAUGUUCUCAGUUACAUGAAAUGUGCUAUGUUUAGCACAAAUACACCACCAAUGAAUGUUUACUUAAGACGUGGAAAAUAAAUAAUAAUAAGACACAACCUCCUACAAGUUCGACAGUGAAAGAGUGUAUGAUCAAUGGAAAUAAAAACAUGCUAAAACAAAUGUCAAAUUUAUUCAGAAGGACGACUUAAAUAACUCUUGCUAUAGAAUGAAUUAUUUCCUGAUAUAUUUCAGUAACUAAGUGUAUGAAAAAUGACAUAAUCUUUGCAACAAGUAUUGUACUGAAAAAACAACAGCAUUUUAAGUGCAAUAAGUUGAGGUGUCAGAAGAAUUAAUGGAAAAUGGCAUGGGAAAUAAUCGACUGUUGAAAGCAAGUCGAGAUGAUUUAAGUUUCUAUGAAGUAUUUAGACAAAAAUGUCACAAAUUCGGCUGACUUAUUUAAAAGAAUUCUAAGAAUUCGUACGGAAUUCACAUCGACAAUAACAUAAAGUCAUCUUUGUUUUCAGAAAUCACCUUACAAAUACUUAUGUCAAUAAAAACAUGUAAUCAUCUUACUUUUUGUGCUUUCUCGAUAUGUAUACAUCAAAACAGUUAUGUGUUUCCUAUUAACGUGUUAUUUAUCACAAUGUGUUUAUAUUGA